GGGUUUUAUUCUACCAUGUCCCGGUCGACUGCCAGGAUAUCAUCGUGGUUCACUAUUAUUCAACUUCUCGUGGCGGAAAGUCAACAGUGGUCCAUGUUCAAUAUGUGGCCUGGCUUUGGGCAAUCUCCGCUCGAGUGGAGCAACCAUCAAAAUAUUCAGAACCAACAAAUUCAGCCCAGAGUUCUAAACUUUUUCCCCGUUCCCGUGGAAGAAGAAUGCCGCUCGGAGGAUCAACGCCGACGUGGAAUAUGCAUGAACACCUACGAGUGUCGAAUCCAACAAGGCAAAUCACACGGACCAUGUGCUCUCGGUUUUGUUACAACAGGCUGCGGGGGCGAGGUGAUUAACAACUUGACGUAUGUGGUGAGUCCUGGGUUUCCAAAUCUGGUCGAUCAGCCUUUGAAUUGUUCAGUGGUCAUCAGAAAAAUCGAGUCUCAAGUCAGUCAGAUGAGAAUUGACUUUAUUCACUUUAAUAUUGGUCAACCGAAUCUACGGACUGGCGUUUGCGACGAGGACGUUAUGGAGAUCACCAGCGAUGUGCGGACAUUCCAGCUGUGCGGUUGGAAUAGCGGCCAGCAUAUGUACGUGGACGUAACCGACGGCCCGGUGACCCUAAAUCUGAGGCUGCCACGGAAUCUUCAAUCACGUAUGUGGGAGAUGUCCAUAACGCAAUUGCCAUUCGAGCAGCGAGCACCGGCAGGUUGUCUCCAGUAUUUCACCGAGCCUAGAGGUACCGUGAAAACCCUGAAUUACUUGCCGAACGGGCGGUACCUGGCCAACCAGGACUACCUAAUUUGCAUGCGCCAGGAAAAAGGCUCAUGCAGCAUCGCCUAUUUUCCAUGCUCCAAUGACUCAUUCCGGAUUGGUCCUUCGAGGUUUCGCCGGCAAACUACGAUGGAUAACUCCACUGGAACUGGUGCCGCCGAUCAAGCCUCUCUGGAUGAUGAAGGAUCCGGAACGGGACCCGUUGAUGACGCUAUUGUUGACGCAGCUCCAAUACGUCGGUGCGUCGACCGAAUUCUCAUUCCCUGUGAUUUCGAGGAAUUCAUUACGCCGGGGAACGACGGCGCUGGAAUAUGCGAUAUGGAGCAUUGCGGAACUUCUCUGUGUAUGACGAGUGAAUUUGAUGCUGACGGUAAUUGCCGAGUUGAAACAUCAGCCACUCCAUUUAACAUCAGGGUGGCGUUUGGGAUGGGUGAUCAAAACAACACGUAUCCUGUUGACAUGACGGGCAUGUGUCUCAACUAUGAACAGCUUGAAUGUGCUUCGUAA